UCCUUGUGCUUGCCACCUCCUCAGCACCCCCAUCCAUCUGCCCUUUUAACUACCACUCUUCAAUUCCUUCCCUCAUCCCUAUCUCUCUCUUUCACACACAUACACACAUACACACGCACAGAGAGGCUUCUCUUUUCUGUUCACUUUCUUUUUCUUUUUAAAAGAAAAAAAGAAAAGAAAAGCAAACUAAUCAAGGCUUGUUUGGUUGAUUGUUUUAUGUUUUCAUGAGAAGAAAGACCAAAGCUUUAUAUUAAUACAUACAUAAAGAACAUGAAUCUUCAAGAUUGGCCUGAACCAAUAGUUCGUGUUCAAUCUUUAUCGGAUAGUUGCCCACCGGAAAUUCCUUCCCGGUAUAUAAAGCCACCGCAAGAUAGACCUUUAGUGAAUUCUUUUUCUCCCUGCGAUGUCAAUAUACCUAUUAUUGAUCUCGUCGGGCUUUACGGCGAUGACUGUAAUCUUAAAGCUUCAAUACUUAACCAAGUGUCCAUGGCUUGUCGCGACUGGGGAUUUUUUCAAGUUAUUAACCAUGGCGUUGAGGAGGAGUUGAUGGACAAAAGUCGCCAAGUUUGGAGAGAUUUUUUUCAUCUGCCUAUGGAGGUGAAACAAGAAUAUGCAAACACUCCUAAAACUUAUGAAGGCUAUGGCAGCAGAUUAGGAAUCGAAAAAGGAGCCAUUCUUGAUUGGAGUGAUUACUAUUUUCUUCACUAUCUUCCUUUGUCUUUAAAGAAUUAUAACAAAUGGCCUGGCCUUCCACCUAAUUGCAGGGAAGUGAUUGAUGAAUAUGGUAAGCAAGUAGUGGAGCUAUGUGGGAGAUUAAUGAAGAUAUUAUCAUCAAAUCUCCAAUUAAGAGAGUCGCGUCUACAAGAAGCAUUUGGCGGUAAAGAUAUUGGGGCAUGUUUAAGAGUAAAUUUUUACCCUAAAUGUCCUCAACCUAACUUGACACUCGGUUUAUCAUCGCAUUCGGACCCGGGUGGCAUGACGAUUCUCUUGCCGGAUGACAAUGUCCCCGGCCUCCAAGUCCGGCGAGGAUGCGAUUGGAUUACAGUCAAGCCAGCUCCUCAUGCUUUCAUUGUCAAUAUUGGUGAUCAAAUUCAGAUACUAAGCAAUGGGAUAUAUAAGAGUGUGGAGCAUCGAGUGAUAGUAAAUUCAGCUCAAGAGAGAGUAUCACUCGCCUUCUUCUAUAAUCCAAAGAGUGAUAUUCCUAUACAACCAAUGGAGGAGCUUGUCACACCAGAGAGACCUUCUCUAUACCAAGCUAUGACAUUUAAUGAGUAUAGACUUUUUAUUAGAACAAAGGGUCCUCAAGGAAAAUCCCAAGUGGAGUCUCUAAAAUCUCCAAGAUAAUUACUAUAUACAAAUAUUUCAAUUUUUCACGAGUACUUUCAUAUCCAUUUUUUAUACGAGGUUAAUCUCGUUUUAAAAUUUAUGGCUAUCAUUUCAUGUAAGUAUUUUUUCACGGAUCGAACCUCUGAUCUUACAGAAGUCGUCCGUUGAACUUAAGCAUAUGCUUUACUUAUGGGUAGAUAAUUAAUAUAUAUUUGAUAUCGAGAUAAUUACUUAACUAAUUAGUUUUGAUUUUAUUGUAAAUCAAAUGUAAAAACAAUCCCUUCAUUGGAUAUACAAAUGAGGGAUUAAAAAAAAUAGAAAGAUAUAUAAUUUUUGUUA